AUGCAGAAUCUACUUAUCAAGCGAGUCAGUAACAGCAACUCCUGUCCUAGAUGCAACCAGUCAAUUGAAUACAAUACACAUGUGGGCAGGGAUUGUCCAUACGCAAGGAAAAUUUGGAGGCUACUAGAUAUCCAGUGGUCAAAUGACGCAAGCAACUUAUGUUUCGAGGAAUGGCUCCUAUGGCUUUUUAAGGCACACUAUAAAGGUAAACACGUUUCUAUUGUAACUACUAUUUGGUCUCUUUGGUUUGCAAGAAACAGAUUCAUCUAUGAACACCAAUACCAAUCAGAAGAGAGUGUUGUUACCUUUGUUCGUAGUCAUUGUAUGGAAAUCAAAUAUGUUUCCUCCUCAUUGCUCCAUCCACACACUCAUGUCUUAGUUCGGUGGAAACCUCCUCUUGAGCCCACAGCAAAGGUGAACUUUGAUGCCUGUUUUUCCUAUACACAGAAGAAAUCUUGCUCAGGAUUCAUAAUUAGAGAUAGUGUAGGAUAUGUUCCAGGAUCUAGUUUUAUUCACAACGAGCGCAUCACCUCUGUGUUUAUGGCAGAAGCUAUAGCAAUCCUCCAAGGUGUAGAGUUCGCAAAGGACCUUAGAAUUACAAGAAUAACAUUAGAGAGUGACUCUAAGAAGAUUAUCCAGAAAUUGAAUGAGAACACAUCUUAUAUAGGCCAUAUCAUUAGGGAUGCAGAAAUUGUAACAGGGCAAGCACAUGCAAUGGCAUUGGAGGGUUCUCGAGCUGGCUUUGACCAAUUUUGGAUCGAGGAGGCGCCGGAGAAAGCCCUUCAAGCAGCAGAUGACGAUCGGCGAUCCAUUGACCCACCGUGA